ACUCCCCUCUUCACAGGCACAGUGGUUCGGUCCGGCUCCUUUUCCCGCCCUCCGUAGUUGAAGCCAAAACAGAGCAUCAUGGCGGUAGAUGGUGGCGAUCGUCACUGUGGAGUUCAUGAGCUGAUCUGCGUCAGAAAAGUUUCUCCAGAGGUUCUGGGUUUUCUGACCGCCAUCGGGCUCUUCAUCAUCCUCAUGACUCUGCUCUUCUGGUACGUCAACAACAAGUUGGGCCUGCAGAACCCGCGGAGCCUUCAGUGCCUUGAUGACUUCAGGAAAAACACAGAGCUGCAAGAUAAGGCCUCCGAGGCCGACCUGCAGGACUCAUCGGACAGUGAGGAUGAGCUGAUGGGUCAGUACCAGGAGGCAGUCAGUCGCUCCCAAGGCCUCCGUGGAGGAGCCUGUCACUCCAGACUAGGAGGUUUCAGCUGGGAGAGCCGACAGAAGUACAGCCCCCUGACUGCUGAGUAUGACGGCUACAGCAGUGAGGCCUCAGCCGACGACGCCAACUGCAUCCAGAGGAUGAGAAGAACGCCGCCGCUGGACGAACUGCAGCCUCCUCCCUAUCAGGAUGAGAAUGGCUCUCCGAGGAUGUCCUGUACUCUGUCAGACCUGGGUGAUGCCAAGUGCGACCUUUCCCAGACCAGCGGCAGUCCUCUCCUCUCCUUUGGGAAGUGCCUGAGCGAAGGCAGCGAUGGCCAGGAGACCGAGAGCUACUUGAACAAAGGCUACGAGGAGGACGUUCCCAGCGACAGCACGGCUGUCCUCAGUCCAGAGGAGAUGUCGGCCCGCGGGUCAGCUGCGCGGCUCUCUAAAGGUUACGAACCAGAUCCCAUCGCUAAAUACGGCACCCUGGACGUGGUGUUUGACUUUGACUCUGAGGAGCAGCAGCUGACUUUGACCAUCAUGGCAGUGACCGACCUACCCUCCGUCAAACGCACGGGGAACAUCUCCUGGCAGGUCCACCUGCUGCUUCUGCCAACCAAAGAGCAGAGAGCGAAGACUGGCGUCCAGCGGGGCCCGUGCCCCAUCUUCACGGAAACCUUCCGUUUUUGUCACGUGGAGUCAGAGAUGAUCAGCAACUACGCCGUCCGCUUCCGGCUUUACAGUUUGAGACGGAUGAAGAAGGAGAAGGUGUUUGGAGAGAAGGUGUUCUACCUCACCAAGCUCAACCUUCAGGGCAAAAUGUCUGUUCCGGUCAUAUUAGAGCCCUGCUGCGCGCUGCCGGGCAGCGAAUCCCAGGUCAGCCUCUCGGAUAUGACUUGCAGCGAAAGCGCCUCGUCGUUCCAGUCCGUCAGUCAGACCACCACCCCGGAGAUCCUCGUCGGCCUGAUCUACAACGCCACGACCGGACGCCUCUCUGUGGAGGUCAUCAAGGGCAUCCACUUCAAAAACCUGGCUGCCAACAAGCCACCCAACGGGCUGUUCUGUUGUCUAAAACACUUGAUAGGUGGACAGGUUUAUAUAAUCAGAGAUACGUACGUUAAGCUGACCUUACUGAACUCCAUGGGCCACGAAAUGUCCAAAUGUAAGACGUCCAUCUGUCGAGGUCAGCCCAACCCCACCUACAAAGAGACGUUUGUCUUCCAGGUGGCUCUCUUCCAGCUCUCCGAUGUCACGCUCAUUCUAUCCGUCUACAACAAGCGCAGCAUGAAGCGUAAGGAGAUGAUUGGCUGGAUUUCCCUCGGCCUGAACAGCUCUGGGGAGGAGGAGCUGACCCACUGGACCCAGAUGAAGGAGUCCAAAGGACAGCAGGUCUGUCGCUGGCACAGCUUGCUGGAGUCCUAGCAGAAAAUUCCCAGGAGGAGAACUGGGAAGAUGAAUGAGAAGGGAAUGAUCGGCUCUCGCAGCUUCACGUUGUGGAGCGUUGUUGGUAAAAUCUCUGACAGGUGGGAUUAGAUGGUGAAUGGUCCAGUUCCUUCAUGUUUCUGUAGACCCAGGUCCAGAUCGCACACGUUCUAAGUUCUACGGUCCUGGCCGUCCACGGAUGGAGCCUUCAGCCCAACGGUUAAAAUCUUCUCAAGUUUUCUUGUCUAGGACUAAUUUCUCAACUUCUUAAGAGUUUUAGGUCGUUUUAUGGGAACAGUUUGGUGUAAAUCUCAUCAUGAAGGCAUUAAAUUUAAAGUUUGGUGGACUAAAAAAUUAAUUAUUUUCUUUAUUUUAUGGACGUUAUUCAACCAAUCGAUCAAUUUAAGGUUUUGCCAAGUGACUAGUUGUUUAAAUCACGACUUUUUAUUACAGCAGACAAAUGUUUAGUUCUCAACGGGCGAAUCCGGCUCACAAGGCAAACCUAGCCCCGAAGCUGGAAUUCUGCCACUUAAUUCACGCCGUAUCUCGUUGGCGUGUGACUGAGAGCUGCAGCCUGAGCUGCUGUCGAACUCUUCCGAGGGUUGCUCCAUCAGCAGUGACGGUUUAGCACGGCAUGCCUACGGCAGUUAUGUGGUAGGGUUAGGGUUAAUCGUACCACAUAAGGAGGUUUAGGAGGUAUCGUAAGUGAGUUUAAGUGCGGCUCAGCGGCUAAAACCAGUUUAAGUCUCAGCAAGCCUUCAGGCUGAUUCAAAGGCAAAGGAGGAGCAGAAAACCUCUCGUGUUGUCAUGACAACUGCAGACAAACUGGGAGGAGUCUGGUGCUGGUUUUGCUUUGACUUAAAAGUAAACUGACACGUUUUAUUUUGAAGGAAUGAAAAUGACUAAAUCCAUUCCAGUUGGUGAGGACAAACACCGUUUUCCUGCUCUGGUGCUAAAAUGUGAGCUGUGGCUGCACGCGGGGGCUGUCGCCUUACGCCAUCACGUUUCACGCUUCUCAGAGUGGCACACACACCUGCGUAUAAAACCACAGAAAGCACACACACACACCAUUUAAACCUCUGCGAGUGAGGGAGGAUUUCACGUAUACACUUCAGCUGAUUUCAGAAUGUCUGCAGGUGAACCAGUUGCACUUUUAGCUUUUAGCCACUUGUUUUAUUUGCAAACACACUUUCCUGUGCCUGUGGUCGUGGUGAAGGUUGUGUAGUGUUUACAAAGUGUGUGUGUGUUAAAACGGGGCUCUCUGAUUGGUGCUUG